UCAUCCAGGAUGAAUACACAUCGUUGGUAAGAUCCGGGUUUUGGACAGGAUGAACGCCAAUUUCCAAGAUGGCUGCGGAGGGAGGAGGGAAGGAGAUGAACGAAAUUAAAACUCAAUUCACCACUCGGGAAGGUGUCUAUAAACUCCUCACUCACUCCGAAUAUAGCCGCCCUAACAGGGUGCCUUUUAAUUCACAGGGCUCAAAUCCGGUAAAAGUCUCAUUCGUGAACGUGAACGACCAGUCAGGCAACGGCGACAGAAUCUGUUUCAAUGUGGGCCGGGAACUGUACUUUUACAUCUACAAAGGCGUAAGAAAGGCUGCUGACCUGAGCAAGCCCAUAGACAAGAGGAUCUACAAAGGAACGCAGCCCACGUGUCAUGACUUCAACCCCCUCACGGCCACGGCGGAGAGCGUCUCCCUGCUGGUGGGCUUCUCGGCUGGCCAGGUGCAGCUCAUCGACCCCAUCAAGAAGGAGACCAGCAAGCUCUUCAAUGAGGAGAGACUCAUAGACAAGUCUGGUGUGACGUGUGUGCGGUGGGUCCCUGGCUCAGAGAGCCUCUUCCUGGUGUCUCACUCCAGCGGCAGCCUGUACCUGUACAACGUAGAGCACACCUGUGGCACCACACCACCCCACUACCAGCUCCUCAAACAGGGCGAUGGCUACGCCGUGCACACCUGCAAGAGCAAGUCGGCCCGCAACCCCUUACUGCGCUGGACAGUGGGUGAGGGGGCGCUGAACGAGUUCGCCUUCUCCCCCGAUGGGAAGUUCCUGGCGUGCGCCAGUCAGGACGGCUUCCUGCGUGUGUUCGGCUUUGACGCGGCCGAGCUGCAUGGCACCAUGAAGAGCUACUUCGGUGGACUACUGUGUGUGUGCUGGAGUCCAGACGGACGCUACAUAGUGGCUGGGGGGGAGGAUGACCUGGUGACAGUCUGGUCCUUCUCAGACUGCAGGGUGAUUGCCAGGGGCCACGGCCACAAGUCGUGGGUGAGCGUAGUGGCGUUCGACCACUGUACGACCAGUGUGGAGGACAGCGACCCGCCCGCAGAGUUCAGCGGAAGCGAUGAGGAGUUCCACGAGCAGAUCCAUUUUGCAGGUGGGCGGGACCGGGCCAACAGCUCCCAAUCACAUCUCUCCAAGAGGAACUCUACAGACGGCAGGCCGGUCAGCGUGACCUAUCGCUUCGGCUCAGUGGGACAGGACACCCAGCUGUGUCUGUGGGACCUGACUGAGGACAUAUUGUUCCCCCACCUGCCCCUGUCACGCACCAGAACUCACACAAACGUUAUGAGUGCCACCAGCCCCCCAGCUACUGGGUCGGCCACUAAUACUACUACUACUAUUACUACUACUACUACUAACACACCUGGCACCAAUGGCAACAACACCGUGAGCAGUAGCAGUGGUAACAGUGGCGCCCUCUCUAACUCAGUCCCCGCUCCCCUGCCGCGCUCCAACAGCCUGCCGCACUCCACUGGCCCCGCAGGGGGCAGCACCACGCCUAACAGCCACAUGAGCAGCAAAGGAAGCAGCAUCAUCGACAGCGCCUUCAUCGCCACCGGGGUUAGCAAGUUUGCCACGCUAUCGCUGCACGACACGCGCAAGGAGCGCCACGAGAAGGACCACAAACGCAACCACAGCAUGGGCCACAUCAGCAGCAAGAGCAGUGACAAGCUCAACCAACUGAGCUCUGCGGCGCGGACAGCCAAGGCGGAUGCCGCUAAGACUCUGGGCACGCUGCUGUGCCCGCGCAUGGAGGAGGUUCCUCUGCUGGAGCCACUGGUGUGUAAGAAGAUCGCUCAUGAGAGACUCACUGUGUUAAUCUUCCUGGAGGACUGUCUGGUCACAGCCUGCCAGGAGGGCUUCAUUUGCACAUGGGCCAGGCCCGGGAAAGUGGUGAGUCUAGACCCCUAGCCUCUACCCCUUUCAGCACUAUGCCAGGCCUGGGAAAAUGGGCUUACUGCCAUCUCAGAACCCGACCAACUCUCCUAGUGGGACUGUAGUAUAGCCCUGGUGCUAGUGCUGCUAAACUAAACCGAGCUCCACCAGACGACAGAUGGGACAGGAUGACCUGGCCACGCCUCGCCAUAGCCCAUUAGUGCUGUUCUUCACUCUCACACCUUCACCACCACUGAAAGUCUCUUUUUGUUCAGUUCGUCUUUAGAUAGGAUAUAUAGCUUAUGUGGGCCAGUGAGGGUAGGUGGAGAGGCCCACAGUCUGAAAGGGGUGUAAAGGAUCAUGCAGAAAGCUUGAAAUGGUCUAUGAGCAUUGAAACUGUUGUUCAGGGACAGGAUGCUGGCAGAACUGUGUUUUAUUUGUUUCCACCUCUGUUCCCCCUCAACCUUCUCUAGUCCGCUCCAGAAACAAACCCUGGAAGAGCUCGGGCUUGUUUUCAGACUCUCUAAAUAGCUUAGCCCGGUCCAGAAACACAACCCCUAGCCACUACUACUUCUGACAUUUUGUGUAGAUCUGAAAUACUUGGAUAGGUUUAAUCAAUAUGGUAGGAGCCACAUUUCUUCCCCUAUCCAGUCCUCAGAUCUACCUGAGUACCUAAGGGUUAGGGGCUGUUUAGGGACUGGUGCUAUCUCUUCUCACUAGUCCCUCAUCCCUGACUAACCCUGGUGAAGUUUGAUCUCAUGUUCACAGCAAAGGGAGAACCGAGGAGUUAGCUUCCUUUAACUACAAGAAGAAAAUAAACUGUUUUUUAUUUAAAUCGGAACAUCACACCUUGAGUAUUUUGCACUGAUUAUUUUGUUUCUUUCUGUUCUGUGUUCAUUUUUAAUUCAUAAUUAUAAUGGGACAAAAACAAGAUAUUUGAAGACAGCCUUUGGAUGCACUUGGGUUGAUGUGAGGUAUCUCUGUCUGGACGCUGCAAUCAUAGGGGUUUAAAGAAGGAAAAAAAUGAGAAUUGUUUGCACUUAAUAGUUAGAGAAUGGCUUUACAAUUUUGGAGUGUGCAAGGACUCCCCUGACAAGGCUGUUAAACAUAUAAAUAGAAUGAAAACCUUUUUAUAUCUAUUGAACAUUUAUUUUAAUAUUAUUUCAGAUUUAAAAAUGGGCUCUGUAUUAUAUGUAAAUAUUGUACUUUGAUGAUUUAUGGGUGAAUUUAUUAUUACACCAGUUGGAAGUUCUUCAUUUCAGAAAAUAGUGAUAUUUCUAAUGCAGAAAAAUAUAUACAUAAUAAUAUUAAAAAUUCAUCUUGAAUAUG